CCUCCUCCCCGGGUCCCCGCUAGAGCCCGGAGACCCCCCGCGCUCCUCCUUAUUGACAAACGCACAAAGGGCCGCGCCGGGGCCGGGCCGGGACGCGUCUGGAGCCGGCAUGGGAGACAAGAAGAGCCCGACCAGGCCGAAGCGGCAGCCGAAACCCUCCUCGGACGAGGGGUACUGGGACUGCAGCGUCUGCACCUUCCGCAACAGCGCCGAGGCCUUCAAGUGCUUGAUGUGCGACGUGAGGAAGGGCACCUCCACACGGAAACCUCGACCUGUCUCUCAGCUGGUUGCACAACAGGUUCCUCAGCAAUUUGUGCCCCCUACACAAUCAAAGAAAGAGAAAAAAGACAAAGUAGAAAAGGAAAAAAGUGAAAAAGAAACAACAAGCAAAAAGAACAGUCAUAAGAAAACCAGGCCAAGGUUGAAAAAUGUGGAUCGGAGUAGUGCUCAGCAUUUGGAAGUUACCGUUGGAGAUCUGACAGUCAUUAUUACAGACUUUAAGGAGAAAACUAAGUCACCACCUGCUUCCAGUGCUGCUUCUGCAGAUCAACACAGUCAGAGUGGUUCUAGCUCUGACAACACAGAGAGGGGAAUGUCCAGGUCCUCUUCACCCAGAGGAGAAGCAUCAUCACUGAAUGGGGAAUCUCAUUAAAGUUUAUUUCCUCCAGUUUCUUUAGUCUCUUCAAAACAUGCAAAUACAUAAGUUCUGUCACUUGUUACCACAUUUUCAUGACAGAUUAGUCAUACAUAAUUGAUAUGUUGACUGGAGCAUAAUGCAGUUUAAAAAAAAAAGAAAAACAAUGCAGUGGUAGAAACUCUAACAGCAUGAAGCUGAGUCAGGGGAGGUUUAGGUUAGAUACCACAAAAGGUUUCUCACCCAGAGGGUGUUGGGCACUAGGACAGGCUCCCCAGGGAAGUGGUCACAGCACCAGCCUGACAGAGCAAGAAGAGUUUGAACAACACUCUCAGGCACAUGGUGUGACUCUUGGGGCUGUCUGGUGCAGAGCCAGAAUUUGGACUCUGUGACCCUUUUGGGUCCCUUCCAACUCUCAGCUUAUUCUGUGAUUCUAUAGUAAUUUAAAAGUAAGAUGCUUAUGAAGCAUCUUCAGACCAACUUUUUAAUAUACAUGUGUAAGGGUGCCAUGAAAAUGUGGUUUGAAUGUUCAUUAUGCAGUGUUAUUGGUAUGUCCAUUUUCACUUUUAGUUUAGUGAAUUCUAACACAACUCUUGGAGUCUCUACUAUUGGCAUGUAUUGAAUUUAAAUUUUUAUAACAUAGUUCAAGCUGCCUAAAUAUGUAUUAUUUGAGAAUUGUGGAACAUAGUUAUCUGUAUGCAAGUCAAAAAUCAACUUAAUCAAUUAUUGCUGCAACAGAAUUUUCAUAAUAAUUAUCUUCUUAAAAACACCUGCUGGUACUUGGUGUGGUUAAAUAGGAAAAAUGUUAUUAAAGAAAACAUUUGUAUGGAUUUUUGCCAAUGUUUGACACAUUUUACUAGAUUACUGUUACUGAAUUAUGUUGAUAGUUUCACCAAUAUUUUUUGACACUUAAAACACUUAUUGUAAUGUUUACAAGCAAAAUAGAAAACACAUUCUAAGCAUUGAUUAGUUAACCUUGCAAUUCAGGUAAAGUACUGCAUUGUCGCUGUACACUGGUAUUUUGUGUUGUGUAACAAAUACUGAACCUCAGAUGGUGAUGCAUUUGGCAAAAACUGUUUGGAAAUAUGGAAGUUUGGAAAAGCUUUAAAAAGAACAGAACUGCUGUUCACAUUUCUGCGUAGUGCUGUUUCCUUGCCCCAGAUUUUUUUAGUGUCACAUAGUCACUUAUCGUUUCAGUACAGGAAUAUCAGAUGUUACACAAGAAUAAGGAAAUAACAGUACUAUGAUUUUUUUUCCUGAAUCAAUUUAUUUAAUAUUGAAUUGGCCUAUUAGAAUAUAUUAUGUCAUAAAUCAUUUGAAAAAUACUGAGUAUCCUACUUUAUGGCAUAAACAGAAAACAUUUACGCACUUAGCAAUAUACUGAUAAAGAGCAGAACUAUUUACAAUACCAUCUGGUAUUAUGUAAAAUUACCAAUAAAAUAUUUUUGUGAAUACAGAUUUUGCAUUUUUGUUUACAACCAAUAAGUGUUUUGAUACAUACAUGCAAUUCAUGUAUAGAUUUUAAAUUAUAUAUUCUGGUUCAGUACAAAAGUCCAUUUAGCCCUUUUUAGUGAGGUAGGGCACUUACACUCCUGUGAGCCUUUUCUUUUUCAUUCAAAGUAAAUAUAUUUUUAAGCCUAUGUGAGUUGGAUGGACCUUCUUGGUAGUGAAUCCAGGCCCAAAUUAUUACCCACAUAUGAGAUGUCUUCUUAACAGCUUAAAAGCAAUGGAUUUUUGUAGCCCCUGACAAUUGUGAUGUUUGGUGGUUUCUUGUAGUAAUGUAUUUUUCUGUUUUUAAUGCAGUACUUCUACAGGCACAAUGGUACUGUUCUAUUUUGUAAGAUGCUAGUUGUGAAAUACAGUUAGUUGCAUAAAAUGAGAGUCUGAUGUGAUAUCUGAGAACAUACAUACCUCAUUCCUUGGUGUUGCUGUUUAAACUUUUUAGACAUCAAAUGUUAAUUAUAGGCUAUUUCAGAUGGAUAACUACUGACCUGUUUAUUAUGUAUUCUGCUUUAUCUUACUAAAUAGGAUGUCUGUUCAUUGCUGUUACCUGGCCAAAUUUAGUAUCUGUAAAACAAUGCUUUUUAAGGUUCUUAAAUGUUUUUGGGGCCGGGCUAGUGUUCAAAAUAACAUACACUAGUUUUUAAAAGAAAAAUACAUGCUUCUCAACUUUAUUUUUUUAUAUUUUAUUUUUAGGUGGGACUAUUUCCAGAAUAUACUGAUGUAAUGGAUUACAAAAGAGCUGAAAUUAUGUGAAGUGAGCAGUGUAAGGAUAGUAAAUCUCAUUGCAAGAAGUUUUAUGAAAUGUGUUUCUAAUUUGAAAUGUAAUGAAUUCUAACACAUUUCAGAUUUUCUUGCAAAGAAAUAAUAAUCUAUUACUAGUAAUUCACUAAAUGGGAAAUGUAUUUUUAUUUAAGUUUAUGUGAAUAAACCACCCAGCACUGCCAACAAAAGGACUCUAUCUUCACAAUUAAGUAGCCAUUUGGUUUGAAAGGAAGGAUGGAGUGGAUUUUGCUAUGAUUCAGCUGUCUCUAGAGAAUAAUCUCAAAAACAUAGUACAAGUAUGGUUAUCAAAAAGAAUGCAAAAAGUCUCACUGUUCUUUAUGGAACAAGGCAUUGCAGAGCAAUUUCUACUACAGGUGCUACAGAAGUCAGCUAGGAUCUUAAAAGCUGUGGUGGUUUUAACUGAACUGUUAGGUUGCCAGAGUUUCAUUGCAAUGAUGCUUGGUUUAGCAUUAAGUAAAGUUUUUGCCUGUUGGUGAUUAAAGGGAUAUGACAAUACUGACAGCAGAGUAGACAAAUUCUAAGCAAAAUACUGCAUUUGACUCUGUUCAUAAUAUAAUUUAAAUGAACUUCACUUUCAUAAUUUCUAAAUAAUUUUGACUUGUAGUAAUCCUAAGUCUUUUUUUCUAACUGUAAAUAUAUUUAAAAGCAUCUUUACUCCAUUUAUAAAAGUGAAAAAUUAAUGUUGUAAUGUGUUCUGAUUAGCUAUUUUUCUCUGUGAUUGCUCUCUGCAUAAGAACUGUUAUUUGUUAAAUCUAUAUAUGCACCAGUUUUCAACAGCCAUACAUCCUGGGAUGUUCAUGAAAUGGUGGCCCCACAAAGACAAGUGUGAUAGUGUUCCAUGUAAAUGAGUUCUUUUAUGUGCUGAUUGAUUGUCUGGUUUCAGAAAGGAAAAGGGGGGAGAAAGGGGGGAAAAUUAAGUAUAAAUAGUUCGUUGAUAAAAUGUACAGUAAUUCAGUCUUUUAUCUUCCUAUCUUUGCCAUUAAUUAUAGGUGAUAUAAGAAAAAGAAAAAGUAUGCAGUUGACUGAUCUCUUUUGUUCAUUAAUUUAAAUCUACGUAAUGGAGACAAACAAAAAUUCUUCUACUCAGUAGCAGGUUGAAUUAUUCCAUAUAAAAUCUUGUUUCCAACAAAGGAAGUAGUAAUAAAUAAAUUACAUUUAAAAAUUUUAAAUUCUUGACAUUAAGAGUCAAUAAUUAAGAAUAUGACUGAAGUUUUAAUCUAUUAUGUAUUUAUCUAGAUAUUUGAUGUUUUGGGGCAUAGAUUGUAAAAUCUCAAAAAUGGUUUGAUUUUAUAAUUUGUGCACUUUAUUUUUUUAAUAUUAUGAAUAGCACAUUUUCGAGUAGCCAUGUGAGACAGUACUUUCUAGAAUUUGUUCUGUUGGUUCACUGUAGUGUUUAGGCAGGUCUUCUAAACUUCACAUGUUGCAUCUUAAAUUCUUUACUUUUUUCCUCUCCUGUCUCAAAAGCCUGACUGUUUCCUAUGUUUUGCUGAUUGAUUUUACUUUGUUAGCAGGAUUGAUUUGGCAUGGAACUGUCUAUUGUGUAUUUUUUAUCCAGGGUUCUUGAACUGUAUCUGUUCAGGUUUUUUUUUUUUUCUGUGGCAUGCCUUUAUUUGGCUCUUCUCCCUACUUGGGCGUCUGGAUAUACUUCAUUCAAAACCAGAAACUAUAGGGAAAUAGAAAGGCAUUUACAUUUAAUUUCUCCAAAGGCAACAGCAAGUGCUAUACUUGUAGUAAAUUUAGCCUGUGCUUACUCAGGAAUAAGAUAGAUUAGAUAAAAAGUUAAUGCUGGUUUUGGCUAGUGGACCAGUCAGUCAAAUAUGGCAUUUUGCAAAUGCCAUAGUUCUAGCCAGCUCAGUGUUAAGAUAUGGGUGUGCUGGAAACACAGUUUGAGCUUUCAGAGGUUUUUCUAACCCAAAAUUAUUCCUCAGCUUAUAUCAGAGCAGUCUCAGUUUGAAAGGUUAUAACUUCAAAAUAGCAAAAAAUGUACAGUAAAAUCAGUCAAACUGUAGAUGCUCAGAUGGUUUUUGUUUGUGCUGUCAAAGUUUUAAAAAGAAGAGGAACUGUUAAAAGAGACUUAGACUUGUCUAAGACAGCAAUCAGAUAUUGAGCUUAGCUUGACAUCUAAAGAACCCAUGUUUUAACAAGAAUUAACAGGAUUUAAUCACUAAUUAAACUUAGAAAAGUAUUUCAUAAGUUAAUUACAAAUCAGAGCUCUGUAGAAAUUAUUGUAACUUCCUGUCUAGAAUGGAGUGAAUGGUACAACAGCAAUGGAAAACUGCAUGCUUGCUGGAAAAUAUUAUUACGCAACAGCAAGUGAUGUUUACAUGACUUUCCUAAGACAUUGUGCUAAAAGACUGUGUUAUGUCUGUGAACGAGGCCUAGGAGUCCAUGUUUGUACCCUCUAACGAAACUGUACCAUGAGAUUCAAACAGUGAAAGAAAAUGCAGUGAAAAAACAAAUUAGUUUCAGAUCCAAGAGUCUUAGUAAUGCAGGAGCUGAUUACAGCCUUCAUUUAACCAUGUUGGUAAAAAUUAAUUAGAAAAACCACCACUGAAUCACUCUAAUGUAUUCAAUCCUAAUCUUGCCCCUUUUAUUAUAGGAAACAGAUAAAAGUCAUCAGAAUGAACUUGCUCUGUUUGGUGGUGGCAGAUUUUAAGAGCAGACAGUUUAAUGGGCACAGGAAGGUUUAGGUGUACAGUUAAACAUGGACGAUGAAGGGCAAAAGCAUAUUCCUUUGCUCUUAAUGAUUAUUAUUAAGAAUUGCUGUCCCAUUUGGGGAUUUGUAAAAGACAAAAUUGUAACCUUAUCUAAUAAGAAAAUUGCCACCAGAAAAAAUAUUGUUCAGUAACAAUAUUCUAAAAUGUACUUCCAAAAUGUUAAUUAUAUUGUAGAAAGUAUGGCAUAUCUUGACAGAGGGAGGACUACUUAAGCAAGACUAUGUUUUCAGGAUCUAGGCCACCUAAAAAAGUGUAGUCUUUGAUUACACUGUUUUCUGUCAUGGUUUAACCCUAGCUGGUAAGUAAGUACCACACAGCCGUUUGUGCAUUCUCCCUCUGUGCAGUGGGGUAGAGAAUUCAAAAAGUAAAAGUCAGCAAACUCAUGGGUUGGGAUAAAGACAAUUUAACAGAUAAAAGCUGCACAUGCAAGCAAAGCAAAACAUUCACCACUUCCCAUGGGCAGACAGGUGUUCAGCUGUCCCAGGAAGGCAGAGCUCCACCACAGGUAAUGGUGACUGGAGCAGACAAACACCAUCCCUCCAAACAUCCCCCUCUUCUCCUUCCCUGGGCUCUGUAUGCUGAGCACAACACCACAUGGUCUGGGGUGACCCUGUGGUCAGUUGGGGUCAGCUGUCCUGGCUGUGUCCCCUCACAACUCCUUGUGCACCCCCAGCCGCCUCAAUGGUGGGACAGUAGGAGAAGCAGAAAAGGCUUUGCAUAACCUCUGCUCAGCAACAGCUGAACUAUCUCUGUGUUAUCAGCACUGGUUCCAGCACAAAUCUAAAACACAGCCCCAUGCCAGCUGCUGUGAAGAAAAUUAAUUACCCCAGCCAAAACCAGCACAUCUGAGUAUAAAUACUGAUCUUGGUCAAAGCAAAGUGAAAGUGCUUCCUCAAGCUUUUAAGAAAUGUAGCUGUAGACCAAUGGAGCUCUAAUUUACAGUGGAGUUACUGAGAAGAUAGCUGAGGAAAAGAGACUUUUAAUGUAUUUUUUGAUAAUCUGCUAACCACGUGCAUGCAAUUUUCCUCUUCUGUAUGAAGAAGCAAAAGGAUGCAGAAAAAGGAAAUAAAUGUAACCCAGGCUAAUGAAGUGUGUCUCUUUACCCUCUUCCCAAGAUCACUAUAUUCUAAAAACUGCAAAUUCUGUUUGGUUCAAAGAUCGUUCCAGGUAUUUGUCACUAAAGAAGGAGGUAGUUGUUCAAUCACUUUGCAUCUGUUAAGACAAAUGAGGGGUCAGGCCAAUUCUACUUUCUGAAUACCCACUUUGGGAACACAGAUCUAAUUUGCCAUUUAUAUGCAUCUAAUAUAUAACUGACAUCCAUGAAUAAUCUAUUUCAAGCUGAUUCUUCUUUGCACAGAAUAAAUAAAAAUGCUUCAAUGCCAAGCCCAGUUCCUGAUGGCACAGAUCUCUGAGCAGGAAAAUCUGGCAUCUGACUGAUCAUCUCUUUCUGUAACAGCCUUCAGCUAUGAAUUAAUCUAGGCAAGGGAAAUCUCUUCAGGUUACAUGUAUUAUCAUUACUCCCACCUCUGAAGGAAAUACAUUGAUUCCUGAUUCCUUCUUCUCCCUUUUCUUUUGUUUCUCCUAAGUACAUCUAUAAUAUAAGUGUAUGCAGUGAGUUUGAAGUAAUUUAUUAUACCUGCUUUUUAAGUGGGGAAUUUGACUGCUGUUCCCAGUUCUUCAAUUAUAUUUUCAUUUCUUUAAAAUGUGGUCAUACAGAAAAAUGGUGUGUGGGAGCUUAGAGGUGAAUAUCAAUUUUGUCACUGUUGUCUUUGUUUUUAUAUAAUUGACUACCUGAACAGAUUCUUGCUAAGCAAAUUCAGUCACACUGAUCCUGUACCUUUCAAGCACUCUGUCUGAGGUACCUGGCAUUCUGGGAUGGAAGCUAUCUGUGUUUCUGCAAAUGGGAUUCUUCACUGGGAGGCUUCCAAAUGUGGCAGAAUAAGCAAAUUUCUUUCCAGCUCAUGGAGGCAAAUGUUGCCAGGUAAAAUGCUUUUAGUCCCAGGUAGAAAAGGAGAUCUGAGGAUCAUAGAUACUGAGUGCUUUCUCUGCUUUCCUACAGAAAUUCCAAAUAGGAAGCUUCUUUUUCUUAAAUGUCAAACAGCUUCAAAAACCCUCAGUCCAACAAAAAGACAAAGUAACAAGCAGGGGGGAAGGAAGAAGAAAGAAAAUGCAUUUUCAAAAUAAUCCCUAGAAGAGCCAUAUAAUGGCUUCUUUGUCUUUUUUGUCUGUUUGGUGUUCCUUUCUCUGUGUACUGUAUUGGAAGUAGGUAACACACAUACUUCUUAGAGGUGUGUCUUGCUUUAUAAUUCUUGAUGGCUGGUUGAGUGACAUUUGGCUUAAAGAUGUAGGAUUUUGUGAAUUGAAUAGUAAAUACCAUGAAUAUUUCACUCUUGCACACAAGUUGUUUAUUGAAAGGGUGGAAAUUUUGAUGAAAGAUUUAGGAACAAAAUUAAUUCCUCUCCUACAAUUAGCUAUUACACAUUUUUAAAGAGUCUAAUUCCUGGACUGCUAAGGAAAGGGUAGCUUUAUGUUGCAAGGGUGAUAUGAACCUAGACUAGAAUGGAUGUGGCUUCUGAAGAGUUUUGUGGCCAGUAAUUCAUAUGGCUGUUUUCAGUGAUUAUUCCACACCUUAACCUGUUAAUCUUGAAGCGUUAUUAGAGCAUGCUCACAAACACAUCAAAACUACCAACAGUACUGUCAGAUGCUCUUAUAAUUUACUAAGUGCCUUACACAGAGCAUCACUGAGGCAAUGAUUCAAUUGCAAGGAAGUUUGAUAAAAGAUUUACUCCUCUGGUUGAAGUCACACGUUGCUGGUUGUAACCAAGGUGGUGUUCCUGGUUAUACACUUUAGAAUCUUACAUUUUAUUGCUGAUACAAGUACCUAAUACAAAACAGUCCAGAAAUUUUUGAGGCUUUCAAUUUGUAAAACAUCCAUUCUUUGGAGGAGGUUUUUUCUUCUAGCCAAUUGUGAUGGUCUACUGGAAUAUCAGAGAAGUGAAUAAAACUUGUGAGUAUUUCUGGAUGCUUUCAGAUUUCUCAGUUUCUUGGUCAAGGACAAUAUUAACUUUCUUGGGAAGGGGUACCUUAGUUGGUUUUGUUCAUAGGGAUUAUGUUUAUCCAACUAGUUUUUUAAAGGUUUUAUUAUUAGAAAAAGGGCUUGUUAUUUUGAAAUAAAAUCUUACCUGCCAGGUGUCUUCCCCAAAAUGAGUAAGUGCCUUUUCUGUUCUGACUCUUAGAAGUAUUUACUUUGUCAGACUGAAUCUGAAUGUCCUGGAUAAACCAACUAUUAAGUACCAAGUGUUACCAAUGGCUUGAAAUUCUUUCACUGAAACAACGAGACAGAUUGUAAGCCACUUGAAUUGUUUUGAGACCUGAUGUUAUCAGAAGUUUUAUAACUGCUAUGAGUAGUAUACUUCUAAGAACAAUGUAAAUUUUCAGGAACUUGAUAUUGAUAGGAAAUAAAUAUUUAUUAAAAGAAGUGUGUUAAAUAAAUAUUUAUUUACCAAUUUGAGUAAGACAAAAUGUUACACCAUGAGGGCAACAGUCUUGCUGUUAGCAGUCCUGACUACUUAAUGGAAAGUAAAACUGAAGCCCUGGACUCUGACUAUUAAAAAAGGGUAGUAUUUGGUGAGAGAUUGGGACUGUGAAUCUUAUGUCCACAUUCUAAUAAAGUAAUUUUUCCUACCUGAGUUUUUACCAAUUCUCAAGCAGAAAAGAAAGCAUGAGCAGAUUAUCAGUAAGAGGCCCUCUGGUUUAAUUGGUGCUGCUUCCUAUCUCUAGUGGAUUUUUUUUAAAUUUUUUUUUUAAACUUUGCUCAGGACUGGUACAGCUGAAAGUAUAUUUUCCCUUCAUUCUUAAGCCUAGACUUUGAAUGGAGUUUCUCUGAGACACUUUUGUAGUGAAAUGGUAUUCCCUAGAAACAUUGAAGACAAAAAUAAACAUCUCUGUGAAUGAAA